AUGAUAUGUGUGUAUAGUACAUAAAAUAAUGAGGAAAUGAACUAUCGUAAGAUUUCAUCUAAAAAAAUACACUUUAAUAAAAAUAAUUAAUAGUAGAAAUUUGACAUUUCUUAUAUUAUUUUAUUGGAUGAAUUUUUGGAUUACGUUUAAUAAAAAUAGGAUGAUUUUAAUUAGAUAGGGUUUAUAUGCUAUCAGUAUUUAUAAUCUUAAGUUGAUGUAGUAUUAAAAGAAUUUGAGAAAGAACUUUUACAACUUUAAGAUGACAUUAAGCAAAUGAUUGAAUUCCCUGUCAAUCUGAAUAAUGAAAUAGAAGUUAAAUAAAAUGUUUCAUAAUAUUUAGAAAGUUUGAAGACUCUUAUUUCUGAAAUUUGCACAGUAGUUAAUGUCGAUGAAAGUUUGGAUAAAAUGGUAAUAGGAUUAUUAAAAGCUUUAAAUGAUUAAAGAUAGAAAAUGUUAAAAUGUUUAAAUCAAAUUUUUGAAGAAAAUAGUUAAUUUGAACACUAUUUAAAAAUAAAUUAUAAAGGUAAAUUACCUAAUGAAGUAGUUUAAUAAUUGCUUCAAUUUUAAUUUAAAUUAGAUGAAUCUGAUUUUAAAGUUUUGCAAGAAAUAAGCAAAUAUUAAUACAAUUAUGAUGUAAUAAAGAAAACUAUGCUUAUAAUGUCUAUUAACUUAAAAUAAUGGUUUGAGUAAUUUGAUUUGUAUCUUCCAUAAAGCUUAGCAUAUUUCGGAAGAAUACAUCAUCAAAAAGACAAUAUAAAUUUAAAUAAACAUUAUGUUAUUGUUUUAGGUAUGACAAAAGUUGGGAAAAGUACAUUACUCAAUAUAUUAAAUAAUCCAGAGAAUAUUAUUAUUACUUAGGAUAAGAAGUUCGAUGUAAAAUAAAAGAAUAGUAAAAUUCUAUUAUCUCAUAAAAAUACUAGUUAAACAUUUUACACAGAAAAUGUGGAUAUUGGUCAAUUUAUAUUUGUUGAUACUCCUGGCUUACGUGAUACUCAUGGUGAUAAUAGAGUUUUCAAUCAUUUAAAUAUCUUUAAUUAGAUAAAUUAAGUAAGAGACUAGUUUUUUCUAUUUAUGAUUGAUGGAGAACUGCUCUCAACAAAUAAAAACGAUUUAAUCGAUUCAAUAGUUCAAAUUAAUUUGAUUUUAGGAGAUUAAUUAGAUGAUUAAUAUCUUGAAAAUAUUAUCAUUCCUACUUUCACUAAAAUAAGAGAUGAUUUUACUAUGGAAUAAAUAAUUACAAAAUGGCAAACCGAGACAAUGAAAGAUAUUACAGAUUAGAAAUAACUAAAAAUAUUGAAUAUAAUUAAAAAAGCAAUUGAUGAAUAACAUUAUGUUAAAAUUUAUUAGGCAGAACACUACGAAGUACAUCAAGAACUAAAUAAAUUGGAAUUAGAAAUUUAAUAGUUAAAAGAUGAAAUUUGUGAGUUGGUUGAAAAAGGAGAAGAAAGCAAGGAACAAUAGGCAAAAUUAAGACAAAAAAAAAAAGAGUUAGAAUAAUUAAACAAAGCUAGUUUAUUCGAAGAUAAAAUGAUUUAAAUUAAAUAGGAUAUUUUGGGGAAAUGCGAAAAUAUCUUAGAGAGGAAAAAAAUAGCAUUGCAAGGAAAAUCAGAUAUUAAUUAGAAGUUUGAAUUCAAGUUAUCUGAUGAAGAGUAGCCACUAUUAAAUAAGUUAUUAGCACAUCGAGACAAAUUUUAUCAACAAAUCGUAAACAUAAUAACAAAUGAAUUUAUUGCUAAGAUGCUUUUUGAUAAUUCAAUGAGUAUAGAUGAAAAGUUUAGUGUAAGAUAUCAAAUAGAUGAUAUAAAUUUGGAAAGAAUAGAAGAUAUACCUAAAGUACUAAUUAGUGAGAAAAUAUAAAGUUAGAUUGAGAAGCUUGAUCGUUUUAAUAAUAAUAUAAAGGAGCAUGAUAAAAAUGAGGAUCCAACAAAAGUUGAUUUUAUGGAAUUUAAGAAAAAAUUCUAAUUCAUAUGUGAAGCUUUUAAAAAUGCUGCUUCUAAGCAUCAAAUUUUAAUAUAUAAGUGGAAUGAAGUAAUUUAAUUCCAUAAAAUCUCCUUAAGCAUACCCAAUAUAUUAAUUACAGUACCUUUAGUUCUUCUUAUGGCGAUAUCUGCAGGGAAUGAAUUAUUUAAAAAUAGCCUUUUUGUGAAAUAGACAGAAAAAGAAAAAGAAGAGAAACUAUAGUUAAUCAAGAUUCAGCAAACGUAUUUCACAUAAUUUGAGAAUAAAAGUAAAUGA